ACAGGCCCACUGAGUAUUGCAGUUCCCAUGGCAACGGUCAUAGUGAUGGGGAGUGGGGAGGGUGGCGGGGAGGUUGAGCGAGGGGACGACAGAGAGCGUGAAAGUAGAAGCAGUAACUGAGGUCAGAGUGGAGCUGAGUGUGUGAAGAGAGAGAAAAAAAGAGCGAGGGAGUGGAGAACAGAGCCAAGGGAAGAGAAACGGAGGGAGGUUUUUUCCUUUAUUUAAUCUCCACUCAACUCAUUCAUUCAUUCAUUCAUGCAUCAGCCCUCUCCCCACUUUCCAGGUGGAGCGACGAUGACGCCUGCUGCCUGACUAUCUCCUUUCAUCAUCACCCCACCCCCCCACCCCCUCCGUCCCCCUCCCCCGCCAUCCGUCUCCCACUACACGCUUGAUAAGCCGACCACUGACCAAGCUCGACUCUCCCGUUACAGAGCAGGGGAUUUGAAGAUUGCAUUCUUACAUUUGUAAUCAGAUGUAGGAGAGGAUUAUCCCAAGGUCUCCUCCAUCUUGUGCACAGCACAGGGGGGGGGGGUUCUGCUGCCGAGACAAAAAGAGGGGAAGGGAAAAAAAAGGGAGAGGAGGCUGUGGAAGGUGAGCGAGGUGGGGAAUCAGAAUCUGAAUGGCGUGGAGUUAAAGACGGAGCGGGAGGGAGAGGUCACCUGUGGAAGAGAGGAGGAGGAGGAGGAGGAGGAUGAGGAGGAGGAGGAGGAGGAUGGAGGCUUUCUAAGGAACUGCAUGCAUCACCCUGAUCAUCCAAGAGGGAGAUGAAAGAGGGGAGGACAGAGCACCAGCAGCAAAUUGAUCACUGUGAAAGGUCUUCUAUGGCAGAGGCCGGGCGUCCUGUGUCGGAGCCGUACCCACCGGGGGGAACGGUUUCCUUGGAUGCAUCCCUCUCUGGUCAGACAAUAAACCCCUCCGGACCAGCUGGGGGGGCGGGUUACGCCUGCCAGGAGGAGCCACGGGAGGCUGUCGGCGAGAUCUGUGCAGCGGCUCCUGCGAUGAGAGAAACUAACUGCAGGGUCAGCGGGGAGCCCGGAGAACAGGAACAAAGCCUAGUUAAACACUGUGCGCCCCCCGGGGCUUCGACCCGUCCUCAUAAUGUGGCCGAUACACCCUCAUGUCACCACAAGAUCAUUGUGAACCCAACCGAUGACGCCCCGCAGACCGGCAGGGCGCUGCAGGGCAUAAGACCAAGCUCUCUGCCUGUUCACAGGAGCCACUCGCACGCAGUGGUGCCUCCCGGGGCCCCGGACGGCGACGCCUGCGGAGCGGAUAAGAGCGUCCAAGAGGUUGAGCGGCGAUGCACAUUGGCCUGCAAGCAACCCAUGCCGCUGCAGCAGUGCAAUGUUGUCACCACUGUUUGCCGAGGUGCCGGCGGUGGAGAAAGCGCCGUCCAGCAGCUUCAGGGCCGGUGUGUCUGCAUCUCGUGCCCCCAGGCGGAGGCCAAAGUGGAGGGCGCUGGAGAAAAGUGCCAUCUUCUCCCUCAAUCUGACAGGACCCUCUGCUAUAGCUCGUACGCCCAUCAUGCCAAUUUCGAAGACACGUUUGCCGCCUACUGCCAUCCCCAGCUGAUCCCAGCCCACUCCCAGUUGCUGCCAAGCUGUGACGUGCAGCGUGCGUUGGCGCCUGCCACGGCGACCAACCACCUCAGCCUGCCUCGCCUCAUCUCCUCUGUCAGUGAGACUGGCCUGGACGCCAAACAUCUGCUGCGGUGCUGCAACCUCAACUGCUCCUGGGUCAGCUCGCUGCCUCCCGGUGCCGGGCCACAAUCCCAGGCGCACUUCCGUGGAGAGGAGUGCUACAGCAGUCCCACUGUCCAUGUCAGAACCUCGACCCGGGACGUCGGGACUCUGACGACCUACAGAGAGCUGAGGGACGUCGGGGUGCAGACAGUGCAGACCGCCACGCCCCACGUGUUCCCCCAAAUCUGUCUGGCAGAGGAGAGCAGGAGUGGGACCUCGUGCAGCCGGACUCCAUCACUGACGAACACUGACAGUGAUGGAGGCAAGAAGGCCGAUGGUGCCCCCAAGUCCCCGGUGAAGGAGGUGAAAUGGGACGCAGAGGGGAUGACGUGGGAGGUGUACGGGGCCUCUGUGGACCCCGAGGAGCUGGGUCUGGCCAUCCAGAAACACCUGGAGCUGCAGAUCAAGGAGACGGCGAGCCGCGCGGCCAAGCUGUCCCGGCAGAAUACCAACACGUCCCGGCAGAGCGGCAACACCGGCUGCCAGAGGAAGAGGAGCAGAAUGAUCGGCUCCAUUCGAACCUGCUGCACUCGCACCACCACAGCUGUCGACUGACCAACAAGCUCGGGACAGUCAGUACCUGAACACUGUGUUCGGUAGCCUGCGCGGCUGCUCGUGGCCUCCGCCUCAAACCUCACCCAUCUGACCAGAGGGUCCACAGAAGAUGAAAUUAUUAUCUGCACACCUAUGAGGACGACCUGCAUCCUCCACAUUGAAUGGUGUCAGAUAUAUACUAUUUAGUUAUAUUGUCCGAUUCACCGUAAUUAAAAGAAGUGCUUAGUAAGGAAACUAAUGAAACCCUUGUAUUCCAUCAUCUGGUGUCUCUUGACCCUGGAGUGGUGAUUCCUGCAGACGUGAACUACCUGUGUGUUCAGAGCGUCACUGCAUAAUAAUAAAUUACUUAUAGGGCUCCAGCACCAAAAAACAUCUGUAAAGUGUGAAGCCAUCUGAUACAACAGUUCUGCAAUAAAUACCACUCUAAUAAAGCUUAGAAUUAAUUUGGGGGUUUGGGGAACAAAAAACAAUCACAACACCAACUUUAACCCUUGACUUAUAGCUGGGGGUUAUUGUUUUUCAACUCCACUGCCCAUUUUAUUAAUGUCAUACAGCAUAUAUCAGGUUAGACAUGUUUACCAGAGACACCAAUGAUGGAAAAACUAGUAAAACAAACUUUAAAAAAAUGCCGUGGACAGGUUUUGCUUCUCAUCCGUACCGUACAUCAGAUGGUUUAUAGAGGUGACAUGUUCAAACAGUAUCGGAGCCGGAUGAUAAACCACUGUGGGAUUUCAUUAGUGUCAUCUAUGAAUGAAGCAGAGAUUAAAAAUGAAAUGUCACAUUCCCACUGUUGAACACAAGCUGAGGAAGAAGACAACAUAUUGUUCAGUGUUCCUGCUGCUGGGUGAAGUUAGUGAUUAGAGACUCCGUGUUUCAUAUCCAGGUAUAAAGCUGUAAAUGAUUCUAUGUUAUCACUGUUAUUUCAUGAGAAAAGACAUUCAAUUUAUUUUUAGUUGAAUAUGUAUGAUGGUACAGUAUAUACAUAUCAAUGAUUUACAUAUACUGCAGUUUAACACCGUGAACACGUGAAAGGUCAAUGAAUGUAUUCCUGUUUUGUUCAGUAAUUCCUACCUACGUUUCCUCUCUGUCUGUUUUCAACUUGUGUGGUGUUACAUUCACUGGCAGAGAGUACAUGAAGUCAUCGACCCUGCCGUUGUUUUAAUUCAGUGUGAGGCUGCUGAAAAUCGAGCGGACCCCUGAUUGUUCCCCUGAAGUUUAACAAUUCCCCAGAAUGAAAUGAUAAGUUGGAUUGCUCUUUCAAUCGAUACCAUCAUAAGCUGGAGACGGACCGCCGGCCAUCUGAGAUGAAGAACAUCGAGGUGGCAUUACGCACCAGAGGACAUGUUUACUCUGUUCCCUUUACUUUCUCAGUAUUCUAUGUACGGCUGGUUCAGUGAACGUUGUUUGUUUCAAUGUUCUCAAAAUCUUGAUGCCAGCAAUAAAAUUACAGAAACUGUAUGGUGAUGAUUUUGUCUUUGCAAAUCAAGCGCGAAGGUCAGUUAUUCUGGGGCACUCAGUAACUCGUAGGGUCAACCAUUAGUGAAAUGUCAUGGUUUAGUGUUAAUAUUCAACCACAUGAAUGUUAAAAUAAUGACUGAUAGCAAACUAGGAAUGCAGAGAGAUACAAGUCCUCCAACAUUUGAUUUCACUUAUCCAGGUCACAGUAUUGAUUCAUUAUUUAAAAAAAUCAAUGCUAUACAUAUUCAGAGGAUGUAUUGUUAUGUGCAGCUAGGAGUUGCUGACAAAAGGUGAUAUAACUGUCAAUGAAUCCACUUAGGCUACUAAAUAGAUAUAUAGACUUAAAAUCCCCAAUUUGUUUUCCCGUCAUUAAAUUAGAUCCUAUGUGACAUUAAAAAGAUCUUUGAAAAUCCUAAAUUUAAUUUGGUGUAGGCUACCCUGUGCUUCAGAUGAUUAGGCUGAUUUAAUGAAUUGAGAAAAACGACUGCCCUCUGAACACAAUUGAGGAGGUGGGUGAGAGGAAGAUGUUGGCCAAGCUGACAUCCAUCCCUCUCAACCCCUCCACGAGCCUGAAGGGGCCUUAGGCAGCUCCUUCAGCAACAGACUGCUGCACCCCCCAAUGCAAGAUGGAGCGCUACCACAGGUCCUUCAGACUCCAUAAUAACAAUAUUUAAUGUAAUACUCUUUAUUCAGUACCAUUCCAUGUAUAGUAUAUUUCCGGGAAAUACAUAUAUAUAUGUAUGCAUACAUAUUAUUAUUAUGAAUAUGGUUUU